AUGGAGGAGGAUAGACUUUCGAAACUACCUGAUGAAGUCAUCCUACACAUUCUGUCGUUUCUACCCACUGAGGAUGUCGUUCGGACAUGCCUCCUAUCAAAACACUGGAAACUCAUGUGGUACUCAGUCCCCACUCUCUCUUUCUCUGAUGCUGAUCCUGAUAUUGACUCACAGGAGGAUGAGGACAUAGAAAAGGUGUACAAGUAUGUUGACAAUUAUUUGAAACACCGCAAGACAAGUAAGAAUUUUAUGGUCGAUUCAACCAUAACUAGCUUUAAGCUUCAGAUGAUGAGUUCCUAUCAAAUAUACAAAGACGCUUGCAUUGAUAAAUGGUUGGCUUUUGCAGCUGAGAAUAAAGUCAAGGAAAUAAGUGUUUGCUUGAACCUCUGUCGUGUUAGUAAUAGGUUUUAUGGUCAUUAUAAUAUAUACUACGUUCGUUACCGCUUACCAAACUCAAUAGUCAACUCUAAUGAUUUGACUAUCUUGAAGUUAAAUGGGUUAGUUAUAGAUUUAAGCACUGUUUCUUAUUCAAUUCGACUUCCAGCAUUGAAAACUCUGUUAGUUAACACAGUUUUAUUUACAAAUGAUGAUGUGCUAUUCAAGCUUUCCUUGGGUUGCCCUUCCCUCGAGGAAUUUUUGUUACAUUCGUGUGAUAUAGAAAAUGGGCCGUUUCGUUUUCAAAGUUUAAGCCUCAAGGUCUUAGAAGUUGAAUAUGAUGACUUUGCAUCACCGCUUCAACUUGAAGCCACAAAUCUUGAAUCUUUGGUAGUGAAUAGAUAUGUCUUUGAAGGCACAAAUCUUUCUGCAUGCAAGGCAAUUAGAAAUCUCUCAUUAACUUUUGAUUGGAAUAUUAGAAAAUUGGAAGACCCGUCUUUGCCAUUAGAAGAUCUCAUUUCAAAUCUUCCACUUCUUGAGAGUCUGACACUAGAAGAAUGCGCUAAUGUGAAUUUGAAGCAGAUUAAAAUCUCGAAUCAGCAGUUGAAAAGUUUAAAUUUGAAGAAUAUGUAUGCUGAUCCUGAUUAUGAAAUGACAGUUAUAAUUGAAUCAGCUCCAAAAUUAGCAUCUUUUUCUUAUGAAGGUAAUAUCAACUUUGGCAUAUCAAUGGAAUCAUUUAAUUCGUUGGAUGGAAAAUUCGUGAUUCAUAAUCUGCGUGAGAAUUGUGAUGCAAAUGAGUUUAUCAGUAUGAUGAAUUUUCUUCUAAAUCUCAAUUGCUUUUGGAGAAUUGUAACCCUGCAUGUUCUCUCAGAUGAGGUUCUCAUCGUGCCAGAAAAUUUGAAGAGGAUAUGUCCUUUUUCUUCGCUUAAUUGGAAGCAUCUCAGAGUUAAGACUGAUAAGAAGCCAAAGAGUGAAUCAAAGUUGAAAGAAUCUUUAAUGUGGAUUUCACCCACUUUAGAAACAUUAUGUAUUAAUGAAAAGGAAAUAUUUUAG